AUGACAGCAAUGCCAAUAGGUUUUGAAAACCCAGUUUCUAACCAGGCUUUAUUAUGGGCCCAACAACCUUUUCAACAAUUUCAACAACCUUUCCAAUCAGGUUUAGGUUCAGGUUCUUUUUCAGAUAACCUUAGACAGUAUGUUCCAGAUAAGUUUCCAAGUGAACUCGUUAGCACAAAAGAAGAUACCAGUCCAGUUCAAGUUUUCGAAAGAGAAACUAGAAUGGAUAAAACAGGAGUUAGACAG